UAUUUUCCAGCGCUAAGUCAACAUAUAAUCGCAAACUUACAACAAUUAUUUCACAUUUCCUCCCGCCCCCCUUCUUCUCCUUCUUUCUCUCUUUCCCCCAUCCACCCCCCUUGGGGGAAAAAAGCGCUAUGAAGCAGCGACAGGAGGGGAAGAGCCCAAAGCGAGGCGAGCAGGGACGGGCGCCACCACGAUCCUCGCAGCGCAGGCAGAUCUGGGGGAGUCCUAGAGGGAUCCCCACUUUUCCUUAGCCCUGGCAAGCCGGAGUCACUUCGGAUCUGCCAUGAGCCAGCUGUACAGAGGCGCCCUCCCCGCUGCCCUGGGCAGCUCCCCCAUGGUAUACCUGUACGGGACAGAGCGGGGAGGGCUCCCCGGGGCUCUGGGCUUCGCCUCGGCGGGGGUGCUGUCGCGGCAGGAGCCUCCGCAGAAGCCUCCGUACAGCUACAUCGCGCUGAUCGCCAUGGCGAUCAAGGAAGCGCCGGAGCAGAAGGUGACGCUCAACGGGAUCUACCAGUUCAUCAUGGAGAGAUUCCCGUUCUACCACGACAACAAGCAGGGCUGGCAGAACUCCAUCCGGCACAACCUCUCGCUCAACGACUGCUUCGUCAAGGUCCCCCGGGAGAAGGGGCGGCCAGGCAAAGGGAGCUACUGGACGCUGGACCCCCGGUGCCUCGACAUGUUCGAGCACGGGAACUACCGGCGGAGGAAGAGGAAGCCCAAAGCAGCGGGGAGCGUCGUCGGUGGAGAGGAUGCUGAGGGGAUGGAGAGGGACGGAGAAGCCUCUUCUGGUGAUGGUGCAGAGGCGCCUGAGGAGCAAAGCAAGAGGCCUCGGGAGAGCCGCCGCCAUUACUAUCACCACAAUCUCCUCACCACUAGUUCUGCCCUCGAGGAAGACCUGGCGCCAACUUUGGGCAAGGAUGAAGACUCCAGGGUCAGGCUGGACCUCGCGAAGGGAGGGGAGAAAGGAGGAGGGAACGACCCUGGAUCAGGCCCAAGCGGACUCUGCCAUCACCUCCAGGUGACCCCGUCCAGAUGCGCGACUAUUAGGAGCCAUUCGGCGCGCCCCGAGUCUUCCCUGAAGGAUCACGCGCUCGUCGAGGGAGAGGGCGCCUUGGGGAGUGCUGGGGCGAGGCUCCCCCAGGAAUCGGCACCUUCAGGGGCACCCGCAGCCAACCCGGCGGAUCCCGACGCCCCGAGGAGUUCUGCUAAGCCUCAGAGCUUCAGCAUAGACAGCAUCCUCUCCAAGAAAGCCCUCCACAGGCCAGCCAAAGGCAUCUCCAAACUGGACGGCCUCGCUGGCGAUUGCCUCCUCGCCGGCGCCGAGACUCGCACGGCUUUCAACGCUUCGCUGGUGCUAGAUUCCCAAAUCCAAGGGAGAUUUUACCAGCUGGGGAUCCCUUUCCUGUCUUACGUGCCUCUUCGCUUCCCCGAGACGGUGUUUCACUUCCAGUAAACCCAACCUCGACGGCCGCUCGCUUCUGCCGUGCGUCUCUGAGUCGGUUCCGAAGACGCUGCAAACCAAGGAGACGUCGGACAGGUGGGUGGCUCGGUAUGCCUGCCGAGGGAGACUGGGAUGGGAUUCUCACAUGCAGCGUCUAACCCGGGUCAGCCCUCUCAAGUCUUCCUCCCCACCCUCCAAAAAACAGCGGAAAUCGUCUGUCUUGAUCUCUGGAAUGUAAACGCCUGUUACGGUACUCCUUAACUUCGAAGUCAGCUCAGCUGAUUGCUUUCACUUCGAGUCAUUUUCACUUUCGAGCUCGAAGACGAUCUUCGGGAAGCGCCGCGGCUUGCUUAACUGCUUUGCGGA